CUGAAGAACAGGAAAUUCCACCAUUCCCUGUUGGACUUGGGGAAGCUUCCUUUUCCGGAACUGGGUGAGGAAGACCCGGCGGGUAUUAGGGGACCUGAAACUCCCCGGAGCCGCAGUCGCCGCGCCGGGGCGGCCUGGGAAAGUCACCAGUCAGCAGCGCAGUGGCGGGAACCGCAGCCCGGCGGCCCUGGAACCUCCCAGUUCCAGGUGCUUUCUGAAGAAUCCCUUUCCCAUAUGCAAGUCUCACAUUGCUCAAUAAGUCCUGCUCACCUGGGAAUCAGAACAAAGAGCUCUGCAUGGUGAAGAGAGAAGAGACAAUAUCAAAGGAUCCAGUUUCAAUAAGAAUUCCAGUCUUUGUUUCUGAGAGAGAAACUGAGAGAAGAGCAACAAGAAGAAUGAAUGCUUCUGUGAUAAAUGCUCCCCAGAGUCAAUUAACAUUCAGGGAUGUGGCUGUGGACCUCUCACAGGAGGAAUGGGAAUGUCUAGACUGUGUUCAGAGGGCAUUGUACAUGGAUGUGAUGCUGGAGAAUUACAACAAUCUAGUCUUUGUAGAGAACUAUUGCCUAUGUGAUAAAUAUGAGAAAGUCUUGGAUCAAGGCACAAAGCAUAUUGUCUAUGAUCAUGUGAAUAUCCAAGAGAAGCCUUUUCAAUGUAAUGAGCUUGGCCCAGUUAUUCAUGAAUCUUCUGAAAGUACAACGUAUGACAGAAAUGACAUUGCAGAAAACAGCAAGAAGGACAGAUUUGUUAACCACAGACAUGCCUCUGUUGAAUCAUUAAAUAUAAACAGAAAUGUAAGUGGGAACACUGGAGAAGAACCUUACAAUUACAAAGAAUGUGUAAACUCUUUAGAUUCCUGCUCUGUCAUUAGUCAACACCCAAUAAUCCAUACAACAAAAAAAGAACACAAAAAUACAGAGUAUGAUAAAUCUUUUGACUCUAAACAUAAAUUCACGAGGAAACAAACCAAUAGUAGAAAGAAGCCAUACCAAUGCAGGAAAUGUGGAAAAUGCUUUAAGUUUUACUCAAGCCUCAGUAGACAUCAGAGAGCUCAUACUAGAGAGAAAUCCUAUAAAUGUACAAAAUGUAAUAAAUCCUUCCUGCAUUUGUCCCAACUCAAAGUACAUUAUAAGAUCCAUUCCAGAGAAAAACCCUUCAAAUGUACAGAAUGUGGUAAGUGCUUUUUUCAUACAUCAGACUUGGAAAGACAUUACAGCAUCCACACUGGAGAGAAUACUUACAAAUAUAGUGAUUGUGGCAAAUCCUAUAUCUGCUGCUCAGAUCUUACAAAACAUCAGGAAACUCAUGGAGGAGAGAGACUUUCCGAAUGUAAACAAGGAACUGGGCCAUUCUAUACAUGGUCACACCUUGAAUACCAGUUUAGAACCUUUACAGAAGAGAAACUUUACAUAUGUAAUGAAUGUGGGAAAUCCCUUUAUACCUUUUCCGGUCUUAAAAGACAUCAGAGAACUCACACAGGUGACAAACCUUAUAAAUGUGAUGAAUGUGAGAAGUGCUUUACUGCGAAAGGCAGUCUGAGAACUCAUCAGAGAAUACAUACAGGAGAGAAACCUUACAAAUGUGAUGAAUGUGACAAAUCCUUUAUCCAGAAAAGCCAUUUUAGAAUUCAUCAGAGAAUACAUACAGGAGAGAAACUUUACAAAUGUAGUGAAUGUGAGAAUCUCUUUAUCUGUGUCUCUCAUCUUAGAAGUCAUCAGAGAAUACAUACAGGAGAGAAACCUUACAAAUGUAGUGAAUGUGAGAAAUCUUUUACUCAUCUUUCAGACCUUAGAAGACAUCAGAAAGUUCAUACAGGAGAGAAACCUUACAAGUGUAGUGAAUGUGACAAAUCCUUUACGAGGAAAUUCUAUCUUAGAACUCAUCAGAGAAUACAUACAGGAGAAAAGCCUUAUAAAUGUAGUGAAUGUGACAAAUUCUUUACACAGGCCUCAGAUCUUAGAAGACAUCAGAAAAUACAUACAGGAGAGAAACCUUACCAGUGUAGUGAAUGUGACAAAUCCUUUACCCAGAAAAGCAGUCUUAGAACUCAUCAGAGAAUACAUACAGGAGAGAAACCUUACAAGUGUAGUGAAUGUGACAAAUCCUUUAUAAGUAAAUUCUAUCUUAUAACUCAUCAGAGAAUACAUACAGGAGAGAAACCUUAUAAGUGUAGUGAGUGUGACAAAUUCUUUACGAGGAAAUUCCAUCUUAGAACUCAUCAGAGAAUACAUACAGGUGAGAAACCUUACAAAUGUAGUGAAUGUAACAAAUCUUUUACCAGCAGCUCUGUUCUGAAAAAACAUCAGAAAAUACAUACAGGAGAGAAACUUUACAAAUGUAGUGAAUGUGACAGAUUCUUUUCCGAGAAAUGCAAUCUUAGAACUCAUCAGAGAAUUCAUUCAGGAGAAAAGCCUUAUAAAUGUAGUCAAUGUGGGAAAUCCUUUAAUCAGAGAGCCAGCCUUAGAGCACAUCAAAACAUCCAUAUAAGAGAAGCCUUGAGAAUGUAAUGUAUGCAGAAAAGUUUUUACUUGCUUCUCAAGUCUAAGAAAACACUUGAAAAUUCAUAGCUGGGGAGAAAAAAUUCCAUAGGAAAUAAUAGGGCAUGUGCUGUUUCCAAGCUUUAUCCUUAGUCACACUUGAAGCUUCACACUGGAGAAUCAUUAUGAACAUGAGAAACUUGUGAAAACCUUUAAUAAUGUUUGAUCUUGGAAAGCAAGAGGUUAUGUUGAGGGAAAUUCUGAUAGUGUGACAAUGUAUGAAAAUUUUCAUUAAAACUUUUUACUCGGCCGGGCGGUGGUGGCGCACGCCUUUAAUCCCAGCACUCGGGAGGCAGAGCCAGGCGGAUCUCCUUGAGUUCGAGGCCAGCCUGGUCUACAAAGCGAGUUCCAGGAAAGGCGCAAAACUACACAGAGAAACCCUGUCUCAAAAAACCAAAAAAAAAAAAAAAAAAACUUUUUACUUGUUCAGCCUCAAAUAUUUCAUACUGCAGAAAACAUGCAGAAGCAUGAAUAUGCUGUUUUGUAACAGUUUCCUAGAGACUGAAAUGAUCCAUUCUGAAGGGAAACUGAAUAAGGCAGGAAAUCCCCAAAACUGACAAGAUUCAGUAUGCUUAACUCAAAUAAAGAAACUCAGACAACUCAUACCCCUUAGAAGAGGAUUUGACAAAUUGAGUCACCAAGACUGGAUGCUUUUAUCCUGUAGAUAUGCCUAUAGGUACUCUGGGUAUCCAAUAUUCAUUAGGUGUAUUCCAUGCUGGUUGUAUUUUAAUGAUGGCAACUGUCUUUUUGUCCCUUUUGCUCUAGUAAAUACUCCGUCCCCAUAUUCCUGUAAGGGAAAUAAAGCUGAUUGGUGCAACAAGUUA